AUGAAACGAUAAAAUUCUGCAAAUGACACAACAAGCCCAAGUAAAUACUUCUCAAAUGCCUCAAAUCAAUUUUCAGAAAUACUUAGAUAAAUUACUCAAAAUUGCAAUAAUAAACCAAUUAGAAAUGCUUGCAGUCCCAACUCAAAUAAAAAAAUGCAACAAAGAGUAAAAACUUAAAUUAGUAUAUCUCGAAAUCCUAAUUCAAAUAUUUAUAAUAACAAAAUUAGUGUGAGUGUUCCUAAAAAUAAAUUAGAAUAUUAUUAAGUAUUGGAAUAAAUCGGAUCAGGGAAAUUCGGUAAAGUUUAUAAAUGUUUGCUUAAUUAAACGAAAAAAUUAUAUGCCAUCAAGAUGAUAGAUAAAUUGAAACUAAAAAAGAAUUAAAUGAUACAUUAAUUACAAAGAGAAGUUGCCAUUUAAUAAAUGUUAAAGCACCAAAAUUUUCUUCAGUUAGUCGAAUUUUUUGAAACAAAUACCAAUUAUUGUCUAGUAUUAGAGUAUGCAACUGGUGGCACUCUUUUUCAAUCAUUGAUGAAACAAAAUAAUAGAAGAUAUUCCGAACCGGCAGCAUCAAAUAUUAUUAAAUAGGUUGCUUGUGCUAUCUAGUUGAUGCAAAAAUUAUCCAUCAUUCACAGAGAUUUAAAACCUGAAAAUAUCCUAUGGUGUGAUGGCUAAAUUAAGAUAAGUGAUUUUGGUUGGUCAGUAUAGGACAAAAAAGAAAGAGAUACAUUAUGUGGUACCAUCGAUUACCUUCCACCUGAAAUGGUUUAUGGAUAACAAUAUGAUAAUUCAAUUGAUUUAUGGUCACUCGGAGUUCUGACCUUUGAAUUAACCACAGGAAGAACUCCUUUUUAAGUCCAAGAAGGCUUUAAUUUAUAAUUUCCUGAUUAUUUAUCAGGGGAUGUUAAAGAUCUGAUGAAGGGACUAUUAGCAGAUAAAAAAAACAGAAAAUCUAUUGAAUGGGUGUUAAAUCACGUCUGGUUAUGUUGA